AUGGAAAAUGUACUGAAAAGAGACAGAAAGCGAACUUAUGCGAAACAAGAAGAUGACCAUGAUGAGAAAGGCGUGUUACUGAAAAGAUUUGCACAUCAAGUCGCGGGGAGGAACCCCAUGUACUGCAUAGACAGCACGACAAUCUGCAAGCCACUGAAUCCCCGCGAGGCGCAGUUUUACAACUCUCGCGGGUUCGUCAAGCGCCUCGAAAAAUUCGCACCGCGUUUCCGCGGCAGAUUGGUGGCCAGGGUCAACGAUCAAGGACAAAUUCUCGCCAUUUCAAAUGAUAACGCCCCCAGUCUGAGUUGUCAUCGACUGCCCCUAAAGCAUAGGGUCAGACACAAGUCAGACAACUCGACUUCUGAUGGAGACUCAUCAGAAGGGGAUGAAAACGACAACACAUUAUCAGCCAACUCCUGGAGCGAAAGAAUUCACAAAGAAAAACGGUGUCUGAGUCAUCGAAAAUUCGAAGUCAUCUUACUCGAGAAUGUCACAGCCAACUGUCAGAAACCUGUAGUUCUCGAUGUCAAAGUUGGAACGCGCCUGUGGUACCCGCUGGAUACGGAAAAGAAGAUAUCCAAUCACGUGAUAAAAGCAAAGAAUACGACGACGGAGAGUCUCGGUCUCAGGCUUCACGGACUUCAGAUCUACCACCCUGAAGAAGACAAAUUCGAACAUUGGGACAAGCACUGGGGCCGUUCGUUGAGUUCGGCGUCCUUUGAAAAGGCAGUGUUUACAUUCAUCGAUUCAAGCCAUCCAAGGCUGAGAUAUCCUAUCGCCUCGGCAUUACAUCAACAUCUGGUGCUAUUAAGGAGAUGCGUAGAAAGUCUGGAAUCUUACAGAUUUCCUGGGUGCAGUUUGCUCCUCAUUUUCGACGGAGCAGCGUGGGAGAGACUCGACGAGUGUAAUGUUGAUGAAGACAAAGUUGAAGAGCUCACGAGAUGGUUGAGAAUGGACAAUUUGGUCUCCAUCAAAAUGGUCGACUUCGCCAAAGCGACGUAUUCGGGCUUUCUUCAUGACAAAAUCCACGUUGGACCAGACCAAGGCUACUUAUACGGUCUCAACAACCUGCUCAACAUCAUUCAGACUUACCUCGACUCCACAACGCAUUCAAAUCAAAAAUUCUGA